CACUGCCCCGCAAAGGUAUGGCGGACGUAGUCUCGCGGUGUUUAGUGCGCCGGGCUCUCGCGAUGUCUCCAUGGCGCUGUUGGUAAACAGAAGGCUCGGAGGAACCCGGAGUGAGCGCCGCCGGCAGCAUGGCACCAAAGAAGAAAAAGGGGAAAGCUGGCAAGAAAGCAAAAACAGCAGCUGUGAUCGAUGGCAUUUCCACAGAGGAUAUGUCUAAGGAGCAGUUGGAAGAACAUAUUGUUCGGCUACGUGAAGAACUUGACAGGGAACGAGAAGAACGGAAUUACUUUCAGCUUGAACGUGAUAAAAUCCAUACAUUUUGGGAGAUCACAAAACGGCAGCUGGAGGAGAAGAAGUCAGAAUUAAGAAACAAAGACCGAGAAAUGGAGGAUGCAGAGGAACGGCAUCAGGUGGAAAUUAAGGUCUACAAGCAAAAAGUCAAACAUCUGUUAUAUGAACACCAGAAUAAUCUUGCUGAGGUGAAGAUAGAAAAUACAGUGGCCCUGAAACUGGAUCAAAAGGAGCAUCAUGAUCAGGAACGUCAUUUAGUAAAUGAUAUGAGAAAUCUAAAGCUAGAACUGAGGGAACAGGAACUCUCUAAUGAAAACAUGGUGAAAACCUUGAAGCUGAAAAAUGAUGAAGAAAUUACAAGAUUGUGGAGUGACUUUGAGAAACAAAUAGAAGAUAUCGAAGCCAAGUAUCAGAAGAAGAUGGACAUGCUGCGUGAAGAGAUGGAAUUGAAAAGAAAAACAGAAAUUCAUGAAAUUGAAGAGAGAAAGAAUAGUCAGAUCAAUGCAUUGAUGAAAAAUCAUGAAAAAGCUUUCAGUGAUAUUAAAAAUUACUACAAUGACAUCACUCUUAACAACUUGGCACUCAUUAAUUCAUUGAAGGAACAAGUAGAAGAAAUGAAAGCAAAAGAAGAACGAAUGGGGAAUGAAAUGGCAGACCUUCGCAUUCAGAACAAACAUCUGACAGAGCCACUUCAGAAGGCACGGGAAGAGGUGGCAAGACUUACUAAACUUUUGGCUAAUUAUGAGAAGGAUAAAGGUUUCCUUACACUAGCUAGAGCAAAGCUUAAAAUGAUGGAUAAAGAAAUGAAGCAAUUCAGGUGGGAAUAUGAAGUACUGGAGCAGCGUUUUUGCAAGGUUCAAGAAGAGCGAGAUCAGCUGUACAAGAAGUUUGAAAAAGCCAUUCAGGAGGUUCAGCAGAAGACGGGUUUGAAGAAUAUUAUUCUUGAACAAAAACUUAAUGCGCUGUCAGACUGCUUGGAGAAAAAGGAAGCACAACUGAACGAGGUGCUUGCUGCUUCCAACCUUGACCCAACUGCACUCACUAUGAUCACUCGCAAACUGGAGGAUGUUCUGGACUCUAAGAACAAUGUAAUCAAAGACUUACAGUAUGAAUUGGCUCGUGUUUGUAAGGCUCACAAUGACUUGCUGCGAACAUAUGAGUCAAAACUUACUGCAUUCGGAAUUCCACUAGAGGAGCUUGGAUUCAAACCCCUGGAAACUGCCUUGUGUGGCCAGACUAUUGGUCAGGGUCCAGCUGGGCUGGUCGCUUCUGGGUCAUAAAC